GAGGCGGCCGCCAGCUGGCGCAUCGUCGCCCCGCAGUUCGGCUCCCGCUGCGCCUCGUGCUGCAAGCAGGUGCACGCCGGCGAGCCCAGGAUAGACGUCGGCACGCGGACGCGCCAGAACAAGCCGUGCUGCCAUCACGUCGGCUGCCUCGCUCCCCGCUGCGGGCCCCUGCAGCUGCUGCGCGGCUGGGACGCGCUUGCCGCCGGGGCGCGGUCGGAGGCGCUGUCGCUGGCUGACCCGACUGCGAAGGCUGCGCUGUCGGAGCUCGGGAGGAAGCGGCCCAUUGGCUGGUCGCCGGACCCCCCCGCCGAGCUGGUCGAGCCCGGCUACGGCCCGGAGCCCUCGUCCCCGAGCCGCGGCGGUGCGCGGAGGCGAUCGCCGCGGAGGGGCCGCCGGCGGGCCGCGGCGGCGAGGGCCGGCGGCGGCAGGGGCGCGGCGGAGAAGGG